AUGUCCACCAGUCUGUUCGCAAGGCUCCCGGCGUGGUUCCGCGGCGACGGGAACGGCGGGUGCGGCGCCUGCUACGGCGUCACGGCGUCCUUCGUGUCCGUGCUCGUGUUCUGCGUGCUCGUCGCCACCGCCAGCGUCUGGAAGGCGUUCCUGUUCGCCGGCCUGGCGCUGGCUGCCUUCGGGCUCGUGGCGUGCCUCGCGCCCGAGAGUGGGCGGAGAGGCGCCGAGCGUGAGGUCACGGCGGGCGUGCCUUGGGUGGCAGCAUGCCGAACUGGGCUCGGUAAGGCCGCCACGGAGUCGUUGCCCACGUCCGCGUACACGUCCCGUGGCGCCGAGGCCGGCGGUGCGGACCUUGACCUGGAGUGCGGCGGGAGCGGCCAGCCGUGCUCCGUGUGCUUGGAAGACCUUGAGGACGGCGAGAUGGUGCGGCAGCUGCCGGCGUGCAAGCACCUCUUCCAUGUCGAGUGCAUAGACAUGUGGCUGCACUCGCACGCGACUUGCCCUGUUUGCCGGUGCGACCUCUCGCCACCACGGACGGUUACUGCCAAAGUGGCGGCUGUAGAGAUGGAACCGCCGGCAGAUGAUGCUUUGCCGCCAGUGUAG